AUGUUUUAUAUUUUUAGUAUACCACAAUUCGCUUCCGAAAAGAUGGCCGAUUUUUCGUUCAGAGAAGUGCAUGGUGACCUUUUUGAAGAUUCUGACCCAACUGACGCCUUGGCUCAUUGUGUUUCUCAGGAUCUUCGCAUGGGUAAAGGAAUCGCAGAUAUAUUUAGGAAGAAAUAUAAUGGCAUUCCUGAGCUUAAAUCUCAAAAUAAAGAAGUUGGACAAGUUGCCUCCCUUCGUCGUGAUGAUCGUUAUAUCUUUUAUUUGAUCACAAAACUUAGUGCAUACGGAAAACCGACAGAAGCAGAUUUCGAAAAAUCAUUGGCCGAAUUAAGGAAAUUGUGCGAGGAAUUUGGCGUUAAAGGUCUAAGUGUUCCAAGGUAA